AUGAAGGGUCUAGUGUUGAUUGCCUUGAGUGGCCUCAUCUUGGUCAGUGCCCAGGCCAGGAUCCUGCCGAAGGAGGACUCCCUCUGGGAGUUGCCCGAAGUUCCAGAGGUGGUUAAUGCCAUCGAACCCAAAGCAGCUGGCUGCUCCAUUAAGAUCCGCAGCUCGGAGCUGAAGGAUCCCCAGCCGCUGCUGAUCAAGUCGGGAACUUCUGAGAUCGUGGGCUUCUCGGACACCGGAUACGUGGAUGUGGCCAAGGACAAGACCAUUGAGUUCCACUGCACCAGCAGUUUGGCCUCGCCGCUGUCUGGAAAAUACGUGACCGCCAAGUGUGUGGGUGGCACCACCUUCAGUAUCGACAAUAAGGAGCACGAUCUGUCCGCCAUCAAGUGCACAUCGUGGCCAGCUUUUGUGGGCAAGAAGUCGGGAUCCAAAUGCAAUGGUGGCACCACUCUGAUCAAGGUGGGCUUUGAGCUGUCCGGUUCUCGAUUUGCCACUCAGUACGAGGUGUGCUUCAAUGAGGACGAGGAGGUGACCCGGUAUGUGUACCAUCGUCUGGAGCCGGGAAACAACUUCUAUGCCACUGGAGUGGAUCGUAUUACCUUCGGUGCUGGCGGUUAUUUUGCGGGCAAAAAUGUGGACAAACUAUACACGCAGGCGGUGCAAAAGGAGACCAUCGACAAGGAGCUGGAUAUGGAUUCGGCCAAGUAUUUCGACUCGGCAAAGAAUGUGUUCUUGGCCCGUGGUCACAUGGGUGCCAAGGCUGAUUUCGUGUUUGCCCCCGAGCAGCGGGCCACCUUCCUGUUCAUCAACGCGGCUCCCCAGUGGCAGACCUUCAACGCUGGCAACUGGGCCCGUGUGGAGGACGGAGUUCGUGCCUGGGUGGCCAAGGAGAAGAAGCACGUGGAGUGCUGGACGGGCGUCUGGGGCGUGACCACUUUGGCUAACAAAAAUGGAGAGCAGAGGCAGCUGUAUCUGUCGCACGAUAGCAACGGCAAUGGCCUGAUCCCAGUGCCCAAGCUCUACUUCCGAGUGGUCAUCGAACCCACCACCAAGAAGGGCAUCGUUCUGAUCGGCGUGAACAAUCCGCACUUGAGUCUGGCGGAGAUCAAGCGGGACUACAUCCUCUGCACGGACGUCAGCGACAAAAUCAACUGGAUCAGCUGGAAGAAGACGGACAUCACCGCCGGCUACUCCUAUGCCUGCGAAGUGCCCGAGUUCCGCAAGAAGGUGGACCACCUGCCCCAGUUCUCUGUCAGCGGUUUGCUCGUCUAAGUUUCUUUCUGAAUCAAUAAAUAUAUCGUUAAAUUUUUAAA